AUGGAGAUCCAGGCUCGGCUGGAGGAGGAGAGGGCCAGACUGGAGCUUGAGCGGCUGAAGAUGAAAAGAGGAAACAUUUCAGCUCCUCCAGGGCAGCAGCAACGCACAAUGCAAAACCUCAGCCCCAUACAGGAGCUGUCAGAUGGCAGUCCCGAUGAGGACACCCCCUCAGCCCUCAACUCUGCCUCUCAGGAGCUCCAGGAUCUGCAGGCAUCUCGCCAAAGAAGCCACCAGCGUCUGGAGGAGGUUCAGGAGAGGCUGAGGAAUGCCAGUCAACAUGUACGGCACUGGAACAUCCAGCUGAACCGACUGAUGACCCCCAUUACUCCUGCAGAGCGACUGGAAAGCCGGCUGUUAUCAAAGCCCACAUGCCCUAAAAAGGAGGGCGCGCUGGCCAGUAAUGAGUUCAUCACUAAGUUUAAGAUAAGAGUUGAUCAGAAUAGAGGCGAUGAUGAAAGUCUGGAGCAUCAGUUGGAGGCUGCCAACCUGUCUGAUGAAUCGUUCGAGGCCCAGACAGAAGUCAACGGACAAAUAUGAUCACAG